AGAGAACUCUAUGGGCAGAUAACUCUAAAAUAAGGGGAAAACAUGGCCGGUUUAGAAUUGUUGUCUGACCAAGGUUUUCGUGUGGAUGGCCGUAGACCACACGAGUUAAGAAAAAUACAGUGCAGACUCAGUGUUUUUAAACAAGCCGAUGGAUCAGCAUACAUCGAGCAAGGAAAUACAAAAGUAUUGGCAGCUGUGUAUGGCCCGCACGAGAUCCGUGGAGGUCGAGGGCGAGCUUUGAUUGACAAGGUGCUUGUCAACUGUCAGUACAGCAUGGCCACCUUCAGUACCGGAGAGAGGAAGAACCGUCCCCGUGGAGACAGGAAGUCACAGGAGAUGACGAUGCACCUUCAGCAGACAUUUGAUGCAGCCAUUUUGACGAACCUUUACCCCAGAUCACAGAUAGAUAUCUUUGUGGAGGUGUUGCAAUCUGAUGGAGGCAAUUACUGUGCCAGUGUGAAUGCAGCAACCCUGGCUCUCAUUGACGCUGGGAUUCCACUCAAGGAUUACGUGUGUGCGUGUUCCGCCGGCUUCGUGAACGAUUCUCCCAUCAUGGACAUCAGCUACAUAGAAGAGUCGGUGGGAGGGCCCGAACUGAUUGUGGCAACUAUGCCGCACUCAGAGCAGAUCGUCUUUCUGGAAAUGAACUCGCGGUUACACGAAGACAAUUUGGACAAAGUGUUGUCGCAGGCCAUGAAGGGCUGUAAAGAUAUCUAUCAGGUUCUGGACAGGGCAGUGCGCAGUCAUGUUAGCAACACAGCAACAUCACUGGGUUGGGAUACAUAAAGAUUGGGUUGGGGUUUGUGUUUUGCUUCUUCUGUUGUUUUUUCUGUAUCAUGCAUCAUUGUAUUUUUGUAUAACAAUUAAAUGAAUGAAGUAGA